AUGCCUCAAUAUGCUAAAUUCACGAAGGAGAUACUUUCAAAGCAAAGGAGGUUGAGUGAAGAGAAUGACAUCGUUGAGCUUACUGAGGAGUGUAGCGCUAUUAUGCAAAAGAAGCUUCCACCUAAACAAAAGGAUCCAGGUAAUUUCACUCUACCUGUUAAUUUUGGGGCUUCAAAGGAAGUGAGAGCCUUAUGUGAUUUAGGGUCAAGUGUCAACUUAAUGCCCCUAUCAAUAUUUGAGCGACUUAAUGUUGGAGAACUGAAACCGACAAUGAUGAUGCUUCAAUUAGCGGAACGCUCCAUAGUGACUCCAUGGGGAGUUGUUGAAGAUGUGCUAGUAAGAGUAGGAGAGUUCGAGUUCCCGGUGUACUUCGUGAUAAUUGAUGUGGAUGAGGACUCUAAAAUACCAUUGAUUUUUGGAAGACCAUUCCUAGCCACUUCGCAAGCGAACAUAAAUGUGGGAAAAGAAACAGUAUCUUUAAGGGUAGCUGAUGAGAAGAUCACUUUCACCAUAUAUGACCUGAAGUCAAAACCAGUUGAGAAGAAUGAUGUAUUCUUGGUGAAGAUGAUGGAAGAGUGGAGUGAUGAAAAGCUAAAGCAGAUCUUCCUUAAAGAAAAAGCUGGAGCAUCAAAUAAGAAGAAAAAGGAAGAUGCGCAGAGCUACCAAACUAAGCAAGUCUACUCAAUGAGCAUGGUUGUUGACUCAAAGUAG